GCGAAUUUUUGGAGCGUCGCCGCGGAGCUGCUUCGCAGCUACUCGGCCCAGAACUUGCAAACGAACUUCUUUCUUGUGACUUCUGCCACGUCCCGCAGCUGGACCAGGGCCUUCGAACUCUGCCAGGCAUACAAAGGCGAUCCCUCGGUGACGAACUCUGCCCUUGGAGCUCUCGCCAGGCACGGACACUGGCGGCUGGCAAUUGCCUUGCUGCACGGUGGCUCUUCGGUUUCAGCUUCUGAAACAGGCGACGAGAGAGAACAUGUCAUCGGCACCAACUCGGCCAUGGCAGCGUUUGUUGUGGAAGGACCGUGGCCACGAGCGCUCGGCCUUGCUAGCGGCUGCUCCGAUGCACUCGGCGGUUCGGCGGCCGUGGCUGCUGCGCACCACUGGGAGGUCUCGUUGACCUUGCUCUGGACAUUGCAGCGACAGUUUCACUUGGACGAAGACUAUUUCAAUGCAGCCUUGCGAGUUUGUGCUCGCAGCUGUGAAGGAAGACUCCCAGGAAGGUUUCGAGGUGAAAAUGAAGCCGAUUGA